GUUAGGUGCGCCGAUCCAUUGUUCUGCAGUGGCCCGUCCCCAAUUCCAAAAGUAGAGCGACACUGCGUCGUGGCUAUCAUCCCGUGAUCUGUGGCGGUCUACCGCUCCGUGACUUCUAGCUACCAUCAGAUCUGACUGUGAGAGUGUGGAGGGUAGGACGAACAUGCUGCUAAGUGUCCGGCAGUCGGUGUUGGGCGGUUCUUUCUGAUGAUUGAGGUCAGCCGCCUCGUCGUGUUUGGGCCUCUAACCUGAGGGCCGUUUGUGUAGCUUAAUGCAUUGAAGAAAGCCAGCUGCGCAGGUGCAGGACCCUGACCACAGGCGCGCAAGGAUGUCCUGUAGCCGCUGCCGCUUCCAUUAGACUGAUAUCUUACCUUCACGAUCAAGAUCAUCUUCACCCUGGCUCAUUGACUCGUCUUACCCGGAAACAAAAGACGCCGCGGGCCCUUGCCCCGCGGCCCACAAUGCCAUCGCGUUUCUCAGCUCUGAUCGGCGGGGUGACAGUGCUUAGUUCUGUCCCACAGAUGUUGCUAACAUUGCUGCUUCACGACCUUUUGGCCCACACAACAACCGCAUCAGCACUUACACUUUCUUCUAAAAACGCCAUCGACGUAAAACGAUCCGAAUCCCGAGCGCCACCGAAAAACAGCGCCGACACGGAGGCCAGGAAACGCCUCUUCAAGGAGCCGGGCGAGGAAGGCCAGGAGGAUCUCACCGCCAACAGCAAGUACGACUACGCCGCGUCGAUGCCGCACGUACCCAACUGCGACUGCGUGUCGGAUUGUUACGCGAUGUUGCCUAUGAAAUGCAAAAGCAUCGCACUAAGUAGUGGAAAGCGCAUGACAAAUUCCCACAGCAUGAAUACAAAUGGAAUUUGUAAUGCGGAUUUACGUCGUUAAGAAGGAGAUUUGUAAUGCAUGACUGCGACUACUACGAGCACGAUACUUUUGCACAGGAUACUGCCUCCCGGAAUGCCGGACAUCGCCUCGUCCUACGCCUGCCAGAGCGGGGAGCACUACCCGGACCACGAUGUUGCAGAGGGGGCGAAGUCGGGGCCGUUUGAGGAGAUGAGUCUCUGCGCCAUGUUGGUCAGCGAACGGCUCGGCACGGAACAUCUGACCUCCAUGGGCCAGUUCUGCGCAACGCACUGCAAGCCGCCGGAUAACCACUGCGGGGUGGACGGGGUGCAUUGCGACUUGGGAGAUCGCUGCGUGGAUUUGAAGCCGGCCAGCGCGGGGAAGAAGUGAUCGGUUUGGGGUGGGGCAUUUGCGGGAAGGUGGAAUGGCGGAAUCGAUAUGCCUAAUUGGAGUUGCAUUUUUCGUUGACCAGCAGCAGGCAUAGUCGCUGUUGACUGUCGGAAAUAGACGCUCCUUAAUGGUGAUGAUGAUGAUGAUGUGAGUUCGAAUUUCUUUUUUCCAGCACAACCAAAAGCAAUGCCAUGCUGCUCAAAAGCUUGAACGAUAGAAGGUCGAAAUUAAGUCGACUAGCACCGGGUUUGAAAUAAAGCACCAGUUUGUCGCAAGUUCAGAGAUACGUCGUGUAGUUUCACGAAAGAUCUGCACGAGAACCGAGUUGAAGGAAUCGUGGCAGUUGAGUGUUGUCGACCGCGUCGAGGAAAGCGUUCUUGAGGCCUUUAGUGAUUGUGAUUGAGGAGGAGGAGAACUAGGAUCAGCAGCCACAAGUCAUCUGGAAAGGUACUUACAGAGUCUAUCCGUGAAGAGGUGGUCUUUCUUGUAUGAGCCAGCUCUACUUGCAGGUGAAAAAGAAAAACAUGAUCAGUUCUUCUAAAUUAAAAAGUACUAUCGAUUGUUUUGUAGUUCGUUCACCGCACCUUUAGAAGAAAGCUGUUCUCGUAUGGGUAUGCAGAAAAUUCUCCCGUAGGGAACGAAAGAGUGCACUCAGCCGUGAGUUUCGGCAUUAAGAUUAUCACUAUGCCGGACAAUCCAGCCGACGAGGCAGCGGGUAGAGCGCGCGG